AUGGCGUCUCCAGACAAGAGCCUGCGUCUAAACAUGCCCAUGAUGCCGCCGCCAAUGCACUCGCGCGGCGCCAGCGAUCUGGGCGAGCGACCUCUAACUCCCACUUCUCCACGACACCAGAACCACUCCGCCCAGCCUUUCAUCUCGCCUGUCCAGACGCCGCAGGGCAGUCCCAGCAAGAACCGCUUGCCCCCGGGCGCCUUCGACCUGCCUGAUGUCUUCUCCAAUGCCAUGAAACUGCUGCCCACUCUGGGCUCCCCAUCCAAAACUCCCAGGAACCAGGACCACAGCCCUACCCGCAAGGGCAACAAGGAAAACACACCACCAACUCGUCCUGGCGCCCAGCAACAAGACCAUGUCAGCCAGGCUGCCGCGAGCAGACAGAGUCAGUACCGCGGCCAGGAAGAACAGCCCCUGAGCAGACAACGUAGCGUCAUCUCUGGCGGUUUGACCCAAGAAGAGAUCGAGAAGUUGCAGAAGCCAACAGUCAAGCGCCUGGCCAACGUCACUCAACUCUACUUCCUUGACCAUUACUAUGAUCUCCUCAACUACGUUUCCACCCGUCAGAAGCGCACCGAGCUGUUCCACGCCCACAACCCUACCCCACCCAAGACUCCCGAGGCCGAAUACCAAUCGAAUAUGCAACAGUAUCUUGGUCGCGAGCGUGCAAAGCUCCGCGCCAGACGUACCCGCCUCAACCACGGCGACUUUGCCAUUCUCACUCAGGUCGGACAGGGUGGUUAUGGCCAGGUCUACUUGGCGCAAAAGAAGGACACACGCGAGGUCUGCGCUCUCAAGGUCAUGAGCAAGAAGCUGCUCUUCAAGCUCGACGAAGUGCGCCAUGUCUUGACCGAGCGCGACAUUCUCACCAGCGCAAAGAGCGAUUGGUUGGUGCGCCUGUUGUAUGCCUUCCAGGACGACGCCAGCAUCUAUCUCGCAAUGGAGUACGUCCCCGGUGGUGAUUUCCGUACUCUGCUCAACAACACUGGUGUUCUGCACAACCGCCAUGCCCGUUUCUACAUCUCCGAGAUGUUCCUCUGCGUCGACGCACUACACCAACUUGGCUACAUCCAUCGUGAUCUGAAGCCCGAGAACUUCCUGAUCGAUAGCACUGGUCAUGUCAAGCUCACUGACUUUGGUCUGGCUGCUGGUUUCCUGGCCCCGGCAAAGAUCGAGAGUAUGCGCAUCAAGCUCGAGGAGGUCGGCAACAUGCCCCGUGACGCAAUUCCUUUCGGCAGACCCAUCGAGGAGCGUUCGCUCAAGGAGAGAAGAGAAGGAUAUCGCAGUCUGCGCGAGCGCGACGUCAACUAUGCAAAGAGUAUCGUUGGAAGCCCCGACUACAUGGCCCCUGAAGUCUUAAAGGGCGACGAGUACGACUUCACCGUCGACUACUGGUCUCUUGGUUGUAUGCUUUUCGAGGCUCUUGCUGGCUACCCACCGUUCGCCGGUGCCACAGUCGAUGAGACAUGGCAAAAUUUGAAGCGCUGGUCGUCAGUCUUGCGCAAGCCCGAGUACGAAGACCCCAACUACUUCCUUUCUCGGCGUACAUGGGAUCUCAUUACUCGUCUCAUCUCUGGAAAGAACCAGAGACUGCGCGGUAUGUCGCAGGUCAAGGCACAUGCUUACUUCGCCGAGGUCCGCUGGGAAAGUCUCCGCGAGGAGCGUGCUCCCUUCGUACCAGAACUUGACAGUGAGACUGAUGCCGGCUACUUUGACGACUUUGAGAGCGAGAAGGACAUGGCCAAGUAUAAGGAAGUCAAGGAUAAGCAAAAGGCACUCGAGGAGAUGGCUGAGAGGGACGAGAAAAUGGGCCGCAACUUGUUUGUCGGUUUCACUUUCAAACACCGAAAGCCUGCUGUCGACGAGAACGGCGAACGCACCAGCCCUCGCAAGCCCCUUCCUCAACUUGAUGAGGAGUUUGGCACCAUCUUCUAG